CGAAGUUGGGGCGUUAUGCUCAAAUUCUCAGGAUUCAGGGAACAUUCAACAGGGGCGGAAAUCUGGGCGGAAAUGAGCCCUCCGAGAAAAGCCGGGGCGAAGGAGGCCGCCAAAGCCUCGCUGUGUCAAACUGCUAUGGGAGAGGUCACAGUAUAUAUGCGAGGAGGUUCGGACAAGAGGGACACUAGAGCGUAGAGAACCCGGUAGUCGAUCCCACCGCCCGUCCGCUCAUCGUGAUCUACAGUGGUGUUGAACCAUGGACCGAUACAGCAGCCACCUGCAAGCCUCCGAUAGCGAAUAUAGCAACCCACGGGCAAGCUAUGCUUCAGCAACUUUAGAGGACGACCACGACUCGGUUGCCAACACUUUAAACAACGAGCCGUACCACCUGCAGCGCCCUUAUGUACAUUCUACGGCUCCCGGGCUGCAGUACACCCCGUCCGAUGCAUUUAUAGACAAUGCGUCGAUAGACCACACGAUAACCCCAGCGGAGACCACACCUCCGCGUCCAUACGGGGCCCUGCCGGAUUAUGGGAGACUGCAUGCAGACGGGCAGGGCUCCAGCUCCAUCAGAAGACGAGUCGGAACCGUUGUGAAUCGACGAACGAAGACCAUCAAGCUGUCGUCGCAGGGCAACUUUGUCGUGAAGCAAAAGGUUCCGCAAGAGAUCAGAUCUAAGGGAGCCUACGAGAAGGGCGAAGAGUUUGAAAGCCUUCGCUACACUGCAGCCACUGUGGAUCCAGAUGAAUUUGUCGAUCGAGGAUACAAUUUAAGAGCCAGCAACUACGCGAGACAAAUCGAAAUUGCGGUCGUUGUUACAAUGUAUAACGAAGACGAAGAGGGCUUCAACCGCACGAUGUUUGCUCUGGCGGAGAACAUUCGCUACCUGUGUAGAAAGGAGAAGAAUGGUUGGGAUGCAGAUGGAUGGCAGAAGGUUGCCAUCGUCAUCGUCUCGGAUGGCCGGUCAAAGAUCCACCCGAAUGUCCUCAAAGUUCUCGAAGUCAUGGGAGUAUACCAGGAAGGCUUGACGCAAGCCGCUGUCAGUGGCCAUGAAACAACAGCACACAUCUUCGAGUAUUCUCCACAAACUUUCCUGGACCCGAAAAUGCAACUAUGGGGCGCCCGGGAAGGGAUGCCUCCUAUGCAGACGAUCUUCUGUCUAAAGGAGAAGAACGCAAAGAAGAUAAACUCCCAUCGCUGGUUCUUCCGUGCGUUUUGUAACAUUCUCAAUCCUCGCGUCUGUGUGAUGAUUGAUGUCGGGACAAGGCCUACGCCAAAUUCCCUGUACUCCCUGUGGAAGACGUUCUCGCGCAACCCACAGAUUGCUGGAGCCUGUGGAGAGAUUCGCAGUGAUAUGGGAGAGGGCCUCCCCUACUUCAAGAACCUCGUCAAUCCUCUAGUGGCCAGCCAGAACUUCGAGUACAAGAUCAGUAACAUCCUGGACAAAUCUCUCGAGUCCGCGUUUGGGUACAUCACAGUUCUCCCUGGAGCUUUCUCGGCUUACCGAUGGACAGCCCUGCAAGACAUCGGUCCCGGAUCUGGUCCGCUGUCGAAGUACUUCGAGGGUGAAGCAAGGAAUGGUGUUGUUGCAGAUAGUUCUAUCUUCUCCGCCAAUCUUUACUUGGCCGAAGAUCGUAUCCUGUGCUUCGAACUCGUCGCAAAGAAAGGAUCGAAUUGGGUCCUGCACUAUGACUCGCGCGCAAAGGCUGACACUGAUGUGCCGAACACGAUUCCGGAGUUCCUGUCCCAGAGGAGACGAUGGCUGAACGGCAGUCUGUUUGCAGGGUUCUAUGCGCUCAUGAAUCUUCCGCGGGUGUGGGGAAGCAAGCAUAGCUUGUUCCGAAAGCUGGGUUUCACUAUGCAGUGGAUGUAUAAUGUGGUCAAUCAGCUCUUUUCUUGGUUCAUUCUCGGGAACUUCGCCAUCACAUUCUUCUUCCUCUUCUCGGAACUUGAACAAAUCCUCGCCUCUCCCGACCCAACCACCGACAGCUCGGCCGAAGUCCGUAACAAAAUCGUCAGCGUGGUCAUCAACAUCGCUCGCUUCUCCUACCCCGUCGUCCUCGUCUGCCUCUUCAUCAUCUCCUUCGGUAACCGCCCGCAAGCCUUCCGCCUGACCUAUAAAGCCGUCAUGCUAGGUUUCGGUGUCAUCGGCGCCACCAUGAUCUCACUACUUGUCCGUCGCUUUGUCAUGACCCUCCACUUCUUCCAGCGGAUGCCGACCAUCAACUACACCGAGAUGAUGAAACCGGUGGUUAACCCGUCGACGCUGACGACUAAUGAUGGCAGUCAGAUGUUGGUCAACACGCUGUUGGCGCAAAUGAGCCGGGUCGUGACGAAGGAGCUGGAUAAGGAACUUGCGCGCGCGCGAUGGGAGAACCUUGUGUAUUGCGUGACGUUGGGAUCUACUAUCGGCGUAUACUUCCUGGCUUCGUUUAUGCAUUUGGACUUUGCGCAUAUGUUCACGAGCUUCGUUCAAUAUUUGCUCUUAUUGCCGUCGUACAUCAACGUGCUCACUGUAUUCGCACUGAGCAACCUGCACGAUAUCUCCUGGGGAACAAAAGGGGACACACGCCCAACCGCUCUCCCCGCAGUAACAACCAGCAAAUCCGCCGAAGGCGUGACAAUGGCCACCGUCCAAAUCUCCACAUCCCAACAAGAGCUCUCCGACCACUACGGCGAAACCCUCGCUGAGCUCCGAACCUUCCAACACCAAGACCCCUCCCAAAAGGGCCCCAAAACAGCCCUCGACCAAGAAGACUCGUACAAGUCCUUCCGAACCACAAUGAUGCUGCUCUACCUCGGCACCAACGCCGUGUUGUUUGCUGUCGGCACUACGCAGGUCACCGGGGAGGGGUACCUUAACGUCCUGCUUGCCGCGACGGCGGGGCUGUCGGUCGUUAAGCUGAUGGGGAGCGUGUACUUCAUUGUGGCGAAGAAUAUCGCGAAGCUGAGGUGGAAGGUGAAGGAGAGGAAGUUUGCGCAUGGGGUUGACAAGAUGACCCCGAUGGCUUCGGUUAUUGUUGAUCGGCCUUAUGGACACUAAUCCUUCGUUUUGCAACAUAUCUCCCUCUCUCUUGUACACAACCACAUUAACAUUUUCUGUUCGAAUUUUUGUUAACAUGUAAUAUACGAAUCUAUUCGCUGAGCAUCGAAAAAGGGAAUU